AUGUUUCUGAACGGCACCUUUCUUAUGCAGCUGGGCGGUCUCGUCGUCCUAGCAUUAGCCACGCGAAAGGGUCUGGAACGAGCUGAGUUGACCGACUCGCAGGGUGACACUUUGCCUUGUAGAUCUCCCGUUACCGAUGAAGGAGUAUUUUCGCUCAUGACGAGCCCAGAACAACAGCGAAAUGUGGUUGUAGGCGAGUCCUCAGAGAAGCACGAGCCGCCCGCUGCUGCUGAUGGUAAGGAGAAAUGUCAGAAGAGUAAGCCGACUACGAUGGAGCGCUUCCAACGCUUCAUAGACGAUGGAUCAGAUGUUCCCAAUCUUGAUCCUAACGCUCAAGUCGACCCCGAAUACAUGUAUUAUAUAUUACUUAAUAUUCUUUCUUUGCUAUAA